CGGCAGCUGUUGCUUCAGUCUGAAGUUAAGUGACAGAUUGUGUAUAUCACAAACAUUCAUUUUUACUACAGAACGCUGCACAACGCGCCUAUCCUCUGCCGAAAGAUCCCGAAUCUUGCCUCGCCGAUUCCAAAGGGAGCCGAGGGAGAACCGAUGCUCAGCGCAUAGACGAGAGCCGCUGUUUCCAUUUCACCAUCGCUUUAACAGCCCUAUCAUGUUGGUCAUUUUCCUAGUUUCCAUUAUUUAAACAAUGACGGAGGCUGGAUUCCGAACGACUUGACAUGUCCGUGAAAGAUAUGGUAUCUGGGGAUUUAUCACCGCAAACAAGGAUUUUUUUCAAUCUCAUUAAAGACCAAACAAGGCGGGUACAUGUUUAAAUAUAUAGAGCGCCUACAGGCACAGUGUAGGCUACAUAUUUUCACAUAAGAUCUGUGAACGGAGAGUCCGCAUAUACAUUCAGUUGGAUAUGCAAAAGGAUGUAUUAUCACUGAAAAGAUAAAGAGAGCUCUUUGCGCUGGAGACUAGAAUGGUCGAAAAAAGGCGUCUCUGGUUUUGAUGGAGAAUCCAACAAGCAGAGCAAGAUCCGUAGACCCUCAAUAAAAGUGUCUUGUGCUGGAGCCUAAUAAGACCACCGUUAUUUUCAGAAUUUAGAUGUAUUUACCAGUGACAGGAUCCAGUUGAUGACAUUCACCGAGAUAUAAGUAUUUGAAAACAGCCAACAUUGUCAGCAAUUCGAAUUUACUCAUUUGUUCUAUUCUGCCAGUGUGAUGGGAAUUUAUUGCUGAACAUUGGGAGAGCUUUAUGGAAAACCUGAAGACAUGACAUGCACACGAAAAAAGAGGAAACGAUCCUUUUUGUUCUUUAAAACCUGUGUUUAUUUAAGAAGUCUGCAAAAAGAGACAUUAUUUUUGCAUUAAGAUCCGGCCGAUUCUAUGGAGGUGACAAUACCCUGUAUUAAUUAUUUAAUCUAUUCUUUAUGUUUUCAGUCAUUUAUCAUUGUGGAUUAUAUUUGGAAUUGACGCUCGUUUUGUUGAACCCUCUAUGCCAUUUACUGUUGCUUUACUUGAUUUUGAAUCCUUAUAUAUAUAUAAUGUGGACCGCAACAAGCUCCCCAAACGGCCUAGAAUAAAACCGUAAGCCUUUGUCUCGAGGACAAGUAUAAUACAUGAGGAGGACUGGGGUCACCAAGGAACACUGGGACACGAGGAACUGCGGUAGCACUUCGUAAUAACUAAGGAGCUGACGCUGUAAGAACAAGAGGCACCGAGGGGUAGCGCUACAGGAAACGAGGGGCUCAGUGCAAAAUGGGGCAAUGCAGAGUGAAGCACUCUGGUUCCAUGUGAGCACCAGAGAAGAGGCAACCACGAGGACGAACGAAAGGGCAGCUGGAGGAGGAGGAGGUGGCGGUGGAGAGAGGGAGAAGGAAGAGGGGUGGAUUUCAGGAGAAAAGAGGGCUUGACACGGGAGCCAAAGGGAUGGCCAAUGGCAACGAGAGCAGCGAGGGGCUUGGCGGUCCCAUGGCUGCAGUGGUGGCCACGACGGGAGGAAUGGCAGUCGGGGGCCCAUCGUCGGUCGUGUCCACAUACAUCAAACUGGUCCUACUGGGUCUGAUCAUCUGCAUCAGCCUGGUGGGCAACCUGGUGGUGUCUCUGCUGGUCCUCAGGGACCGGGCCCUGCACAAGGCCCCCUACUACUUCCUGUUGGACCUGUGCCUGGCCGACACCAUCCGCUCGGCCGUCUGCUUCCCCUUCGUGCUGGUGUCCAUUAAGAACGGCUCGGCCUGGACCUACAGCGUGCUCAGCUGCAAGGUGGUGGCCUUCAUGGCCGUGCUCUUCUGCUUCCAUGCCGCCUUCAUGCUCUUUUGCAUCAGCAUGACACGUUACAUGGCCAUCGCCCACCACCGCUUCUACUCCAAGCGCAUGACCUUCUGGACGUGCGUGGCAGUGGUGUGCAUGGUGUGGACGCUGUCAGUGGCCAUGGCCUUCCCACCCGUCUUCGAUGUGGGCACCUACAAGUUCAUCCGCGAGGAGGACCAGUGCAUCUUCGAGCACCGCUACUUUAAGGCAAACGACACACUGGGCUUUAUGCUGAUGCUGGCCGUGCUGAUCUUGGCCACGCACGUGGUCUACAUGAAGCUGCUGCUCUUCGAGUACAAGCACCGCAAGAUGAAGCCUGUCCAGAUGGUGCCAGCCAUCAGCCAAAACUGGACCUUCCACGGGCCCGGCGCUACCGGCCAGGCAGCAGCCAACUGGAUCGCAGGCUUUGGCCGGGGCCCCAUGCCACCCACCCUGCUGGGCAUCCGGCAGAACUUGCACAACCAGAACCGGCGCCUGCUGGGCAUGGAGGAGUUCAAGGCAGAGAAGCAGCUUGGCAGGAUGUUCUACGUGAUCACCCUGUUGUUCCUGGUGCUGUGGUCGCCCUACAUAGUGGCCUGCUACUGGCGGGUGUUUGUCAAGGCCUGCACCAUACCGCACCGAUACCUCUCCACCACCGUAUGGAUGAGCUUUGCCCAGGCAGGGGUCAACCCCAUCGUCUGCUUCUUCCUCAACAAGGACCUGAAGAAGGGGCUCCUGGCCCACCUGCCAGCCUGCUGUAGGACUAAACCUCAUCUGCCCCGAGAGCCUUACUUUGUCAUGUGAGGGGGACGGUGGGCGGUUGUUACCUGGGGAGGGUGUGGAGGGGCGGUGGCAGGGAUGUCUGUGAGUGGUUAGGAUGGCAUGAGGGACCAUUUUAGUUGUUGUGGCCUUUGAUUUAAAAAAAUUGUCUUUCCUUUUUUAUAAAUGGCCUUGGUCAGGAAACAAAUUUAAGAGGGAUUCCUUCUACACACAGACAGAAUACAAGACUAAACCAACAACUCAAACAGUCUAUCUCAGAUGCAUGUUUGUAUUCUUCAUUUUAAUGUGGAACCUAUGAAACUGGUAGGCAGUCUUUAAACAGGCGAGGCCAAGAUAAUGAUCAUUCUGGGCCUGCUAUUGUGAAAGAGAUUGAAGUGAGGGUGACAGUUUUUCUGUAGGUCUGGGCCUGCUAUUGUGAAAGAGAUUGAAGUGAGGGUGACAGUUUUUCUGUAGGUUGUGGGGACAACCUGGUCAUAUUUCUCAGUCACUCCCUCGUCUGUUCUCUCAGACCACAAAUAUCAGAUGGUCCUCUGACAAUUUGCUAGUGAAUGACUAAUAGGAGAGUGUUCUAGCACUGCUUCCUUCCUUCAUCCACUUGAAUCAAAGGCAUCAUUAAUACAGUCAAACAGAGAAAUGAUGAGUUUUGUACAAAUAGCAUAUUCAGGCACUGUUGGCUUCAUUUGGAGUUUAUUUGGGGUUUCUAUUACAUUCUAAUUUGGUCUAACACUUCAGAUGAGUACACUAUUGGAUAUGUGAAAAUGUUAAAAGGGCUGCCAUCGACAACAGUUUGAUCUUGUGUUCAUUAGCGUUUAACAGAAAUGAGCAGAUAAUAAUUGUGAAGUGCUAAUAGGCAGACAGAAUUAUGAAAUGCAUGUUAAGCUGAUAUGUGUAAUCACAUGAUUUCUGAGGAUAACUUAAACAGACCAAUGCCCCAAUCAGUGACAAACUGAGAACUUGAGACCACACAAAAAUCUAUGAUAAAUUGACAGAAAAUGCUCCAUGCUCUUGCCAAAUUCCUUUUGCUGUAGGUGGUAUUGUUGCAGAUGACUGAACCUUUGAAUUUUUUUCCUUCAAUCUGAAAUUGUUUAAAAAGACAGUUGAUAGAAAAUGUUCAUAAAACCUAAACCAGACUGUUUAGACCUUCAGAUAGGAUAAAGUUCAUCACUUCACAUGAAGGUCUUUGUAGAGAGGUGGGGGAAAAUUCAGCCCAUUUAUAUUUUUGCACACAUUGAGGAAUUGAUGAUAAAUCCUUUUUUUUUCUUAACAUGAUUUAGACUUGAACCAGAAUGCUAACUAAGUGUAGGCCGGGACACAGAGAUUGUAAUAUCUUAAGUGAAUGUCAAGCAGAGGUCUGGAACAUGAUACUAUCCCUUCGUGGGUACAAAUGUACAUUUAUUUUAGUUUUCAAAAUGCUCUAAUGUUGUCUGCAAACAAUAACAACAACAAAAACUAACAAUAACAAUGAAGCUACAGAUAACUGAAUUGUUAUUUCUAUUAUCUGCAUUAUGGCCUUACUCUUCGCUCUCUCUCUCAAAAAAAAAGGUUUGUUUAUAACCAAUGCAAGAAAGAGUUGACAGCUGUAUGCCUCUAUGUGUUAAAGUAAUAAACAUAAAGAGAUUAUUCCAACUAAUGGGGAAACACAAAACUGUGUAAUUAAUUAUUUUCGGAGGACACAUCUCUCCCCCUCGCAACCAUAAAAAAAACACCAGUCAAAAACUUUAACAAGGAUGGUAAUAAAGAAAGAACGCUUGCCAAAUUGUAACACAGGAGUGUGCAAUUGUGUGUAAAGGACAGAGGAAACUUUAAUCCAACAUCGACAAUUAAUGGAAUUAACAAAAGCCCUUCCUGGAUUAUUGUGGAUUUAUUUUAGACUUUUUGUUGUUUCUUUUCUUAUCAGUCAGUGGGGGGGGGAGGGGGGGCUGAGGCUGGUGUUGUGUAUUGAUCUGUGAAAACAAGGAUUAAAAAAAUAUGUGUGGAUUUUGGGGUUGGUUGUUGUUGGGGAGGUAAGGAGGGAGACCGGGCGUGAUUUUUUGAUAAGCAGAAAUGCCUGACAGUGCUUUUUUAGUUGCUUCAGGCACACUAUCUUUUGUAAAUGAUCUAUGACCUCCGUACUAUUUAAUGUGUAUUAUAUGGACAAUGGACUGACUUGGAAUUGAGGGGGGGGGUUCCUGGUCAUCGCAUUUUUACAACACGUGUGUGUGAGUGUUUCUGUACGCAAGUAUGAAUGUGCGUAUGUUUAGAGGCUAGAGGGAUGAAAACAAAGGACAUGUGGGAAAUAGGAAUGGCCAGAAAUGUUGCAUUUUGAAAUGACACUCCUGCAAAUGCUUAUUCAGUCUUUUUCAUCCUCAGCCUGUUCCUGACACAGAGAAUUGAAUGUGCUAAAACCAAUGAGGUUCAUUCAAAAAAUCUGAGGCGAGUGUCUUCUUAAACCAUUCAACUGCAGAGCCUCAAGAGGUAGCCCAUAACAUUUUAUACACAUGCAGUUCCUCUAAAUUGGACUACAGAGCCUUCUAUCUCAAUGGAGAUUCUGUUCUUGUAUACAUGUAUGGGAAUAUGAAGGGUGAAGUCCGUUUGAGCUUGUGUCUUGGGGCGAGUGGUUCUAUCCACAUAGCUUCUAUGAUUAUUGCACUCUUAUUAAGUUCCAAUGUGUCUCAGUGAAAGGAAUAACUUUUAUACAUGAUCCUGGCUUGGGGUUUAAAUUUGAAAUACACUGAGUUAUGUUGGUCAUAGAACUAACAUUCUAAUACAUUUCUAAUGUCUGCCUCUUCUGUAGUGUUUUGACUUUGCAAAAGCCCAAAGCCAGCCAAAACCCAAUUUGACAUCUGAAUGUCUUAUUUAAUAACUCACUGAUUUUACUGUAUGUGGAGAGACUACAUUAUGGAUGAAAAGAAAUGUAAAGACAGAAAAAGCUGUCUCAGAGACAUGUGCAACCACAGUGUUAUUAUACAUUAAAUCUAUGAAAAGACAAGACUCGUAAGGAUAGUCCUGUAUGUCUCUGAAUAGUGGAACAAAUCCUGAAUCUCAGAACUGAAAUACUUUUGACUUUGCCCUUUAAGCUGAACCACAAAAUGUCAAAGCUCACGAAAAAAAAUCUGCAGUUGAAUAUCAAAUCUAAAAUAGCAGAGGUUUGAAGGAUACCUAUGUAAAUGUCUUUGGGCCCCUACAUAUCUUGGAAGUCAGAGGGUGUGGUUUCCAUAUAUUUUCUGUAUUAUAUAAAAAAUAAAAACUGCCUGAGCUGUUUAAGCACG